AUGGCUUUCGCUUCUUCGUUUGUUUGCUUUAUUCUAUCUCUUCUUCUGAUCUUAGUUCAUGCAAAGGAGAGAAAUAAUUCAACUUGUUCAAAGUCCUUUUCAUGUGGAAAUCUUACUGAAAGAGUUGAAGAAUUCUUAAAGAACUACGGAUCAUACGCUCCAAACAGAUACAAUUAUACAGACAUCAAAAGAAUCACCGGUCGCUUCAGAAACAAACUAGGCCAUGGAGGAUUUGGUAAUGUAUACAGAGGAAGUUUACGUAACGGGAGUGAAGUAGCAGUAAAGGUCCUGAAUGAACUAAAAGGUAGUGGUGAAGAUUUCAUUAACGAGGUGGCAAGUAUUAGCAGAACUUCUCAUGUUAACAUUGUGUGCCUUGUGGGAUUUUGUUUUGAUGGUCACAAAAGAGCUCUUGUAUAUGAGUCCAUGCCAAAUGGAUCUCUUGAAAAGUUUAUCUAUGAGGAAAGAUCCGACAGUGUUCGCCAAUUAGGUUGGCCAAUAUUAUACAAAAUCACACUAGGCAUUGCUCGAGGAUUGGAGUACUUGCACCGUGGUUGUAACACUCGGAUUUUGCAUUUUGAUAUAAAGCCUCAUAAUAUCCUUCUUGAUGAAGAUUUUUGUCCUAAGAUCUCAGACUUUGGUCUUGCCAAAAUGUGCAUGAAAAAGGAGAGCAUUGUGUGA